AUAUGCAGUCACACGCCCGCCAACAGCCGAGAGCCUCCCAGUCCGAGAUGAGAGCUCGUUUUGUCAACUCGCACCGUUUGUAGUAGUAGUAGUAGUAGUAGUAGUAGUCUUGGUUGUUGCUACAUUACAAGAUGGCGCCACUCCGCGGUUGUGUGGAGAACUAAGUGAUUUCGGUUGUUUAGUAAGCUCAAAUCUCAACGACUGCAUACACAAAUGUCUCCUCUUGUUGAUUUAAUUUGGGUAUUUUCAAUCUGCAGGCAAACCGCGCCGACAACAUGUAAAAGCAGCUCUGUCUUCGAACUCAACUACAUUUCCCGUAAUGCAUCUUACAUCAAGCACGGCGACGAUGAGAAUCACUUCCGGGUCAUUGAUCGUGAACGUUCGGGUCGCUUUUUCGCCGGCAAAAUGUGAAGAUCAGCGGGAUAACGUUCACAAGAAAUACUAAACAUUAGACAAGUCAAUGUCAGCAUGCCUCGGGUCCUCAAAGGUCAUCUAAUAGCUUUAAUCAGCUAUUAGCACUCGCCACGGCCACCUCGGCUCAGGCCAGCGGAUUAGGCUGCCUACGUGGAAGGAGAUGCAGGAGAGGCUUUUCUUAAUCUGCACUGCUGGUUGUCACUCCUCACCCACCUGGAUCACGCUGCUGUUGCCGCUAAUGGUUGCUUUUUGAAUUGUCUUGGUUUCUCCUGCCGCCAGGAUGGACCUGGGCAAGGCCAAGCUGCUGCGAAGCGGGGUCAACACGCUGCACCGGGCCAUUCACCCCAUGCACGGCAUCGCCUGGACCGACGGCAGGCAGGUGUGUCUGACGGCGCUGUACUUCGUCCACGGAGAGGUCAAGUUUGGCGACACUAAUGUGAUCGGGCAGUUUGAGCACGUCCUGGGGCUCUUCUGGGGGCCGCUGUGCUGCCCGGACUCGCCCGCCCUGCUGGCUGUGCAGCACAAGAAGCACGUCAGCGUCUGGCAGCUGCAGCUGAGCACACUGGAGCACAACAAGCUGCUGUGCACUCAGACUUGCGAGAUGAGCGAGCCCUUUCCGCUGCUCCCUCAGGGCUGCGUCUGGCAUCCCAAACUGGACAUCCUAGCCCUCCUGACCAAGAGGGAUGCGUCGGUGCUGUUUUCCGUUAGAGUGGACAACAGGAGGACCAAAGUGGACAUCAAAGGUAGUGGACUGAUCCACUGCGCUUGCUGGACUAAAGAUGGCACCCGGCUGGUGGUGGCCAUCGGCAGUGAGCUUCACUCCUACGUCUGGAACGACAUCCACAAGAGCCUGGUGGUCUGCUCCUUCUGCCCCAUCUUUGAUGUGGGGGGCUACAUCUGUGCCAUGGAGGCCACAGGGGACUCUCAGGUUGCUGUGGCAACAGAGCUGCCUUUGGAGAAACUCUGCGGGCUGAACGCCGGCAUGGCCUUCGAGAUGCCACCUGAGGCAGACCCACCGCAGAGCCAGACUCUGGAAAAUGACCCCCCUCUGGACUCAAGGAGACGAUCCUUUGAGUCAGAGAGGUCCCACGCGACCAGCUUGGGCCCCCUGGACCUCACCCACCUGCUCGCCAAGCACCGCCGUUCAGACCCGAGCCCCCUUAUUCACCUUCGACGCAAGGAUGCGGUAACGGGCUCAGGCCAGGACUCAUCGCACCUGGUCUUGAUCACAUACGAGCGCAAGGUCACCACCACCCGCAGAGUCAGCAUCCCCGGGAUCCUGGUGCCGGAUAUUGUGGCUUUUGAUCCCCGGGCUUCUACUGUGGCCGUGGCAUCCAACACUUGCAACAUGGUGCUGGUCUACUGCAUCACGCCGUCAGCCAUGCCCAACAUCCAGCAGAUCUCCCUACAGGCCAACGACAGGCCCAAGGGGGUGUGCUUCCUCAGCGACAAGGUGCUCCUGCUGAUGGUGGGCCGCCAGAAGUCCAUGGACCCCGCCUUUCUUCCGUCCUCCAACACGGAAAAAUACAUCCUUUGCCUUUUAGCCAAAGAGUUGAUGUGCGACAGAGAGGGUGGCAUCUCGCCAGCUCCCUCCCCUCUCAACCCGGAGUCUCCCUGUAAUUUUCCUGGGAUUAGGACGUACUCGGAGGACAGGGAGCGCCCGGGGAUAAAGGACUUUGUGCUGCCAGGCAUGGGCGUUGUCCGUUCACCCGGAAGCAGACGUCGGCUGGUGGAGGAGGUGAGGAGUGGCGAGGCCAGUCCCGUAACCAGCUCCGUGGACUUCUCUUUGGAAACAACCCAGUCCAGCGCAUCCUCUUCUGUCGCAGUCGAGAACUUUGACGCCGACCACGUCAGCCGCAUGGCCAGCUUGGCGGUGGCCGGCCAGGCCUGCCGGGAGUCCGGCCGGGCAGCGUCGCCUUGCCCGGAGCUGAACGCGGAGGCAGUGCCGGCGCCUCCGCCCGUCCAGGAGAGGCUCGGAGGUGGGGUCGGCCCAGGCCGGGAGCGAGCGCUGGAGCAGCUGGUCUGCAACACCGAGCGGCUGUUUGCUCGCUUUGCAGACGUGCAGCAUUGCCUGAGCGAGAUCCGGGACUACACGCAGAACGGGAAGAAGGUUCUGAGCAUCUACCCCAGCACCGGAGAGCCCCCUUACGUCAACAUCACAUGUCAGAAGCAGCUUUCUGAGAACGUGUUCAUCGACGAGCGGCGGCCGGUGCUGCUGUGUGACGGCAAGUUGUGUCUGCGCGCCGUGCAGGAGCUCUUCAACCUCAGCAUUGUGGAGAUGCUGCACGGCCCCCUGUGGAUCGUCCUGGUGGCGGACGCAGACGGCUUCGUACCCCUGACGUUCAACCCCAAAGAGGAGCUCACCGUACGCAACGGCAUGCGUAAAUCCACCCUGCGCACCCCCGAGAACUCCUGCUCAUCCAGUCCGGCCCCCGGUCACAAUCCCAACAUGAUGAUGGCGGAGGCCUCCACGUAGCGCCACCUCCGACACACCCGGCCUGAACCACACAGAAGACUUUUUUUCAGUAAAGUCCUUUUAAUGGUUGUCUUGGUUUGAGUGUUCAACCCUAACAAGCCCAAACUUCUACAAUCUAAUACAAAGAUUCUAAUCUGAAGAUGAUAUUGUUUUCAGUAACAUUAAAUGCUAGCUGUAGCCUAGUGGCCUCUUCUAGGUACUGCUGAAAUCCAUACCAGCUGGAAAACUACUAAUUGUUGUUUCAUCUAGUCUUUUGCUUUUUUUGUACUGAGCAGCCUUUGUCACAGAAACGUACAUUUCCUGUUCUAUGGUUAUCAUCACAGUUUUAAUCCUUCAGAUCGGGGUUGUUCAGUUGGAGGUCUGUGGGCCCCGCCUGACAUCCGAGUGGCCCGCAAGUUCCGUUCAAAAUUUGGGAGCACAUUGCUGUCAUCUCCAGGAUCUUUGAUUAACAUUUUUUUCAGUGAGUUCCUUAAAACAGUAGAACACUCCUGUUGCCUUUGUGGUUUUUCAGUAGGUCCUUAAAAAGAGCAGAGCAGGCCUGGCAUAUAGAGGAUCUUUGGUGACUGUUUUUGCAGUUGGUCCUUAAAAAGAGUUGAGUAGGCGUGGCACGUGGAAGAUCUUUAUUUUUUUAGUAGGUCCUUUAAAAUAGCAGAAUGGUCCUUUUGUAUAGAGGGGAUCUUUGGCUACUGUUUUUGUAGUAGGUCUUUAAAAACAGCACAACGCUCCUGUUAUUUAGAGGAUCUUUGCAUUCAUUGCGUUUUUUGCAGUAGGUUCUUAAAGGCAGAGGAUCUUUGAUUAGUAUGUUGCGAUGCUCACUGAGCUCAAGUCUCGCGAGAUUUUUUGGUGCUAGCUUGCCAGUGUUUGCUUUUGGAGGGUCCACUUUAUUUAAUCACCCAAAAUGAAUAUUUACCAUAAAAACAGACUAAUCGUGAUGAAGAGGUGCUUUAUUGUGGAUAUCAGAUUAAAAAACAGAUUUUCAUGAA